AUGGCAUCGCUUGACAAUACGGGAAAAUGCUCUGAUCUCGAAUCAUCCCAAUGCUCGGCAACUGGUGCCGUCGAAGCCGAUAUCAACGUUGCUAGUCAGACUCCGGUUCUGGCCAAAAGCUUUAACCUUUUUAGUGCGUGUGCGACUGGUAUAACUACUGGAAAUGUCUGGGCUGUUCUGGGGGGUGGAAUUAUUGCGUCACUAUACAAUGGCGGUCCACCUGGUGUGAUAUAUGAGUUCGUUGCGGUCACGGUCUUUUACUGUCCGAUUGCGGCAUCAAUUGCUGAAUUGGCAUCUGCUGUUCCAGCGUCGGGAGGAGUCUACCACUGGGCAACAAUCACAGCCGGCCCUCGAUAUGGCCGAAUCUGUGGCUGGUUCGCCGGCUGGCUAAAUGGCCUUGCAUGGACAUUUGCCGUGGCCGCAAACUGCUCCAUGUGCAGCAACAUGAUCGUAUACGCAUACGCGCUAUACCAUCCCAGCUUUGAGCCCGAGCAGUGGCAUGUGUUCAUCUUCUAUCUGAUCAUGUCGUGGGUGUGCUGUUUCACAGUCAUGUUUGCUCAACGUGCACUGCCAUGGGUCAGCAGACUGGGGUCGUUCUUCAUCAUCGCGGGCUUCAUCAUAAUCAUCAUUGUCUGCGCGGUCAUGCCCAGUCGGACAGGCGCUGGAUACGCCUCGGAUAACUUUGUCUGGAAAGAUUGGACUAACAUGACCGGGUACUCGAGCGACGGGUUCGUCUUUCUGGCAGGCAUGCUGAAUGGUGCAUUCGCAGUGGGCGCAAUCGACUGUGUCACCCACAUUGCGGAGGAGAUUCCCCAAGCAGAACAAAACAUCCCUAAGGCCCUGGCCUGCCAGAUCGUGAUUGGGUUCGCCACCGGCUCCUGCUACCUCAUCUCGAUAUUUUACGCUGUCAAUGACCUCCCCCUCAUCAUGAGCACCGAGUCCAUGUGUCCCGUAGGUGACAUCUACCUGCAAGCAACAGGCUCCCGAGCCGGCGCCGUAGGCCUCCUAGCUGUGACCAUCGCGCCCGUCUUCUGCGCCACAAUCGGCUGCUACGUCACAGCCGGCCGCACAAUCUACGCCCUAGGCCGCGACGACGCGACGCCAUUUGCGUCCAAGAUCGGGGCCGUCAGUCCGAGAUGCCACAGUCCGCUAUGGGCAACACUGGCGUGUGGUGUAUUCCUCACCUGCAUCGGAGCCAUCUACGUCGGAUCACUGACGGCAUUCAACGCAUUUAUCGGGUCGUUUGUGCUGCUCACCACACUUUCCUAUUUUCUGGCGAUCCUGCCGCAUCUUCUGACGGGGCGGAGGAAUAUUCGGCCUGGUCCGUUUUGGAUGGGAAGAUUCGGGGCAGUGGUUAAUGUUGCAGCUUGUGCGUAUAUUGCUGUGUCGUUUGUGGUUUAUUGCUUCCCGUACUCGCUGCCUACGUCGCCGGACUCGAUGAACUAUACUAGUGUUAUUACUUGUGGGAUGAUGGUGUUGGUGGGGGCAUGGUGGAUGGUGCAUGGGCGGGGGAAGUACAUGGGGCCGCGGGUGGAGAUGCACAAUUAG